GAUAGUGUGAGAAGAAGUCAUUAAACUGUACUGAUGUUUAUUUAUUAUAUGAAGUGAAUAUAAGAUGUUUAUAGUUUGCAGAACAUAUUAUGUUUAUGAAGCAUGAUAUCUACAGAAACUGAUGAAUGCUCUUCCUGACACCUUUGUCCCAUUUAACGUGGAAUCCGCCAUGACAGGAUCCCGCAGAUGCAACGAGCGAACCACCGGGAAAAGAGUUAGCCGACGCAGUUGGGUUCCAGAGCAGUGAUGAAUUUGGACACAGUACGAUCCUUGAGAGAGUUAACUCUUUAAAAAGAGGUAAAAUGGAAGAGGAAAACCCUGCUAUAGUUGAGUGUAAUCAAGGAGAUGGUGAAGUUUCAUUAAAAAAAGUUCGCCAUCGAAAAAAACAAUUAUACAAGUCGAUUAGAAAACAGAUGGAAUUUUAUUUUGGUGAUGCUAAUCUCACAAAAGAUCGCUUCUUGGGCAGUCUUGUUAUGCAAGACCCAUAUAUAGACAUCUCAGUAUUUCUGUGCUUCAACAGGAUUCGGGCUCUAACAACAAAUUUUCGAGAUAUAGCUGAUGCCUUAAGGGAUUCUGAGUUAUUGUCUGUGACAGAAGAUGGCACCAAAGUGUUCCGGAAAACUCCAAUCAAAGAAAAAGAAAACAUCGAUGACUGUACAGUUUAUGUAGAGCAGCUGCCUCCAGACGCUCAGCAUGAUUGGCUGAGAGAUGUGUUCUCUGCAUACGGAAACGUUGCCUAUGUUUCGCUCCCAAAGUACAGAAACAGUGGAAAGAUUAAAGGCUUUGCUUUUGUUGAAUUUGAUACACCAGAAGAGGCUAACAAAACUUUAGAGGCCUUUGGUGCGAGGGGCUGCCGUUUAUCUUCCCAGAUUGCUCCAGAGAAACUCUGCAGCAUUUCUACCUAUGAUCCUGAUGAAGGAAAGUCUGAAAAUGUGCUAGGUGAAUCUGAUAAAGGCACGUUAGAGAAAAUAAAUGAGGAUGAAGAUGGUCAACUUCAAGAAAAGCUCUUGAAGAAGAGGAGAAAGAGAAAGAAAGGGAAAUAUGAACAAGGAAUGGAGAUGAGUGCUGAAGAAAGUGAAGCUGUUGAAACAGAAAGAGAAACAGAAAGUGAUGUUUGUUUGAAGAAAAACAAGAGGGAAAAGAUUCAUGAGAGUGAAGCUGUCAAGAUAGAAAUGGAAACAAUACAUUCACAAUCAGAGGAUGAUAAUACACCUCCAAAGAAGAGGAAGAGAAAGAAGAGUGAAGGGUCCAGAGUUGAGAAAACAGAACACCAAACUGAUGAUACCGAAAUUUUUUUGGAAAAGAAAAUCAAGACACAAGUGAACACACAGCAUACACAAUCAGAGGAUGAUAAUACACAUCCAGAGAAAAAGAAAAGAAAGAAGAAUGAAGGGUUUGGAGUUGAAGGAACAGAAAGGAAGAUGGACACUGCUCAAGAGGACACAUCCACUGUUUACCAAUCUGAUGACACAGAAACUUUUUUGGAAAGGAAAAAGCAAAAAAGGAAAAUUGUGGAUGUAGAAGAGACAGAUGUUUCAGAACUUCAGCAAGGAGUGUCAGGUGUUGAAUGCGAAAAUGAAGAAGUAGGAAAGAAGAUGAAAAUUAAAUCUGGUCAGUGGGAUGAAGAUGCGGAUGAUGAUGCAGAAGAAACGACAGAGGAAGGAGCCAAAGCUAUUGCGAAAAAGAAGACUAGGAAAAGAAAGAAGCACAAGAAAGAUAAGCAGGAAGCUGAAGUUAGCCGGCUGCAGAUUUUGUCAAAGCGAGAAUGGAAGCGUUUACGUAACAAAUACCUGGACUUGCAAAAAGCGAAGAUGAAAUGUCUGAAACAAUAUCUUAAUAGAAAUCAGUGGAACCGUAAUUCACACGUUCAUCACCAUGAUCAGUUACAUAAUGCAAAUGGACAGAACCAGGGAAAGGAUGACUAUGGUGACGGAGGUUCAGAGAUACAGUCUUCAGUAAAACAAGAAACUGAGAAAAAACCAAAAUUCACAUUCACUCCAGGAGUUAUUGUACAUGCAUUGCUUGAUGAGCCCAUUUCAGAAGUUCGGAAGUUCAAGGUCAAUGCUAAAGCCCUUGGUGAAGUAGAGUAUGUAGAUGUCAUUAUGGGGUCAAAUGAAGCAUUCCUUCGUUGUUCAACUCCCACAGCAGCUGAAAUGUUGGUGUCCAAUGCACCAUGGCAACAAGUGGCUAUUCUUAAAGGUGAAGAUGAAGCUCAGUACUGGAAUAAGAUGUUCAGAGAUCGUGAGCAGAAAUUAAGUAGUAAUAUCCGUGUGAAACAGAGAGGACGGGAUAAAAUACUGAAAAGAGCUGAAAAAGAACUAGGAAAACAUAUAAGGUUUGAUGAUUGAGAAAAGUAUAGUGUACUUGAUAUGUUGACGUUAAUACGCACAGAUUUGUCUGAAAAGUUCCCUAAAUAUAUUGUUCCAUAACUUAAAAUAUACUGUAAAAGACGAGCAAUUUGUGUUUUUGUAUGGUGUACAAACCUACUCUUAGCAUAUGUGCACAUGGUAAAGUAUUGACAUCAAAUGACAUGGAGGUUUCCAGAAUGUAAUAAUGUAUUCAAGUCACAAGUUAUUAUUUAAAACCCAAUAUGGGUGAUAUACUUUGUAA